GUGAACUUCACGGUAGACCAGAUCCGUGCCAUUAUGGACAAGAAAGCCAACAUCCGGAACAUGUCAGUCAUCGCUCACGUGGACCACGGCAAGUCCACACUGACGGACUCCCUGGUGUGCAAGGCGGGUAUCAUCGCCUCUGCAAGAGCCGGUGAGACACGCUUCACAGACACCCGCAAGGACGAACAGGAGCGCUGCAUCACUAUCAAGUCCACGGCCAUCUCCCUCUUCUAUGAGCUCUCUGAGAAUGACCUGAACUUCAUCAAGCAGAGCAAGGAUGGAUCUGGCUUUCUCAUCAACCUCAUCGACUCUCCAGGCCAUGUGGAUUUCUCCUCAGAGGUGACAGCUGCACUUCGUGUCACCGAUGGAGCUCUUGUGGUGGUGGACUGUGUGUCUGGUGUGUGCGUGCAGACUGAGACCGUGCUGCGGCAGGCCAUUGCCGAGCGCAUCAAGCCUGUCCUGAUGAUGAAUAAGAUGGACCGUGCCCUGCUUGAGCUGCAGCUGGAGCCUGAGGAACUAUACCAGACCUUCCAGCGCAUUGUGGAGAAUGUCAACGUCAUCAUUUCCACCUAUGGCGAGGGCGAGAGUGGACCCAUGGGAAAUAUUAUGAUUGACCCCGUCCUGGGCACUGUGGGCUUUGGCUCUGGCCUGCAUGGCUGGGCCUUCACUCUGAAGCAGUUUGCGGAGAUGUAUGUGGCUAAGUUUGCAGCAAAGGGUGAGGGCCAGCUGGGGCCUGCUGAGCGGGCCAAGAAAGUGGAGGACAUGAUGAAGAAGUUGUGGGGAGAUCGGUAUUUUGAUCCCGCCAAUGGCAAAUUCAGCAAGUCCGCUAACAGCCCUGAUGGGAAGAAACUGCCACGCACCUUUUGCCAGCUCAUCCUGGACCCCAUCUUCAAGGUGUUUGACGCCAUCAUGAACUUCAGAAAGGAGGAGACGGCCAAGCUGAUUGAGAAGCUGGAUAUCAAGCUGGACAGCGAGGACAAAGACAAGGAGGGCAAGCCCCUGCUGAAGGCUGUGAUGCGCCGGUGGCUGCCCGCAGGGGACGCCCUGCUGCAGAUGAUAACCAUCCACCUCCCUUCCCCCGUCACCGCCCAGAAAUACCGCUGCGAGCUGCUCUACGAGGGGCCACCUGAUGAUGAGGCGGCCAUGGGCAUUAAAAGCUGUGAUCCCAAGGGUCCCCUUAUGAUGUACAUUUCCAAGAUGGUGCCAACCUCCGACAAAGGCCGCUUCUACGCCUUUGGUAGAGUGUUCUCCGGGGUAGUGUCGACAGGACUCAAGGUCCGCAUCAUGGGCCCCAACUACACGCCUGGGAAGAAGGAGGACCUGUACCUGAAGCCCAUCCAGAGAACCAUCCUGAUGAUGGGCCGGUAUGUGGAGCCAAUUGAGGACGUGCCCUGUGGGAACAUUGUCGGGCUGGUUGGUGUAGACCAGUUUCUGGUGAAGACAGGGACUAUCACCACCUUUGAACACGCACAUAACAUGCGUGUGAUGAAGUUCAGCGUCAGCCCUGUCGUCAGAGUGGCUGUGGAGGCCAAGAACCCAGCUGACCUGCCCAAACUGGUGGAGGGCCUGAAGCGGCUGGCAAAAUCUGACCCUAUGGUGCAGUGCAUCAUUGAGGAGUCUGGGGAGCACAUCAUUGCUGGAGCAGGUGAGCUGCACCUGGAAAUCUGCCUCAAGGACCUGGAGGAGGACCACGCCUGCAUCCCCAUCAAGAAAUCUGACCCUGUUGUCUCAUACCGGGAGACAGUGAGCGAGGAGUCAAAUGUGCUGUGCCUGUCCAAGUCGCCCAACAAGCACAACCGAUUGUAUAUGAAGGCCCGGCCCUUCCCUGAUGGCCUGGCCGAGGACAUCGACAAGGGUGAAGUGUCUGCUCGCCAGGAGCUCAAGGCACGCGCACGCUAUCUAGCUGAAAAGUACGAAUGGGAUGUUGCUGAAGCCCGCAAGAUCUGGUGCUUUGGGCCUGAUGGCACUGGCCCCAACAUUCUUACCGAUAUCACCAAGGGUGUGCAGUACCUGAAUGAAAUCAAGGACAGUGUGGUGGCUGGCUUCCAGUGGGCCACUAAGGAGGGCGCUCUCUGUGAGGAGAACAUGCGUGGUGUGCGCUUCGAUGUCCAUGAUGUGACCCUACAUGCUGAUGCCAUCCACCGAGGAGGUGGUCAGAUCAUUCCCACAGCUCGUCGUUGUCUGUAUGCCAGUGUGUUGACUGCACAGCCCCGCCUCAUGGAGCCUAUCUACCUGGUGGAGAUUCAGUGUCCUGAACAGGUCGUGGGUGGCAUCUACGGUGUCCUGAACAGGAAGCGUGGCCAUGUGUUUGAAGAGUCCCAGGUGGCUGGCACCCCCAUGUUUGUAGUCAAGGCCUAUCUUCCAGUCAACGAGUCCUUUGGUUUUACAGCUGACCUGCGCUCCAACACUGGUGGCCAAGCUUUCCCCCAGUGUGUGUUCGACCACUGGCAGAUUCUGCCCGGGGACCCGUUCGACAACAGCAGCCGUCCCAGCCAAGUGGUGGCUGAGACCCGCAAGCGCAAAGGUCUAAAGGAGGGCAUCCCAGCACUGGACAACUUCCUGGACAAACUGUAGGCAGGCUUGCACAGCCACACACUGCACAGUGCCCACCCAUCAGAAGACACCUUGAGACUGUCCCCAUAAUGCUGCUCUGGAGGUGGCUGGGCCCCCCCUGCCAUUGAGCACUAACACUUGAUGCCGAUUCUAUUUAUUUCGGAAUUUCCGAGGCAGUGGAGUCGCCCUCUGCAGGCUGGACUGGCUGGCGGGCCAUGGGGUGGGCAGGACACAGCUCUUUAUCAUUUUCAGAGGGAAAAAUGCUCAGAUAUCAAACAUCUAAAUAAAUGCAUUCAGAGG